AAUCAAAAGCCUGCAAGGGGCUCGUCACGUGUUGGCGUCGACUCUUCGUUGGCUGUCAUUGCCUCUUCAUUCCUAGCUCCUCACAUAAUCUCUCGCCUUCUGCCCUGAAGGGGUAGCCAUUAUGGAACAAAGGAUGCAAGUUAUGGGGUUGGAGUGAAAUGCUGUGACAUUCUUUUGUUGGUGAAGAUAUAUCAGGCACGAGGCCUGCACAAUACCUACGGUCGUCUUCCAUCAUCUCGUUCAUUUUCUCAUUCAGCAUUGUGCAGGUGAAGAGAGCAUUGCAUAUGAACAUUCCUUUGUGAUUCAUCACCUAUAUUCGUACUUUCUACUCAACGCAGUCCCGCCGUCGUGUAAACUCUAUAUAAGAGAGACCUCAGCAUCUCGACUGAUACGCCAAUUCCUCAACCUACAACAUUAUAUCCACAAUUACAACCACUACGAACAAAAUGUUCUCCACUCGCUCUCUAAUCAUGGGCUGUGCCCUCUUCUCCACCACCCUCGCCCUCCCCACCCCCCAAACCACCACCGAUGCAGCCCACUGCACCAUUACUGCUGAGCAGCUCACCGCCAUGGACCCGAGCACCGCCUCCUGCUCCGGUGCCGCCUUCGCGGCUGAAUGCGCGGACGCCUCUACUGCCGCACCCGCCAUUACCUCUGCCUUCGAAAAGUACUCGAUCCACGAGCCUGGCGUCCAAGCCGCUCUCAUCGCCCUCAUGCUCUUCGAAUCCGGCUCCUUCAAGUACAACCACAACCACUACCCCGCGCCAGGCCGCCCGGGCCAGGGCACGCGCAACAUGCAGAUGGCGCCGUUCAACGAGAAGUACGCCACGGAUCUCUUCGGCGCAAACGCAGUUUCCGCCGCGAAGGCCGCGCCGAACGGCCAGGAUCCUAGCGACGCGGUGCUCGCGCUGGUGAAUGCUAAGGAUGAAGACUCGUUUGGUAGCGCGGCGUGGUUUCUGACUACCCAGUGCGAUGCUAGUAUCAAGGACGGGCUUGCGACUGGGACGUCGGCGGGCUGGGGGGCGUAUCUUGAGAACUGUGUGGGCACGACGCAUGAUCCCGCGCGCGACCCGAGCUGGACGAAGGCGAAGGAGGUGCUAGGGGCUUAGGGGUGCGGACGAGCGGUGGGAGGUGGAAGUCAGGAAGGGGGUGCAGGGGAGGCCGAGGAGCUGAAGCCCAGCGCUGCUCGUCGUUUGGGGGUGCAUGUGCGAGUGACCUUGAUGAUUUCGAUUCUUGCAAUGGUUUGCUUCAUUUGAUACCCGGUUGAUGCUGCGAG